AGCCGACACCCCUUCUCGAGAGCGUCGGACAGCGAGCAGACGACACUCCCGACCCGCGCUAGUUUUUCGCCCCGUUCGCCGGCUGUGCUGCUCCACCAUGGCUGCGGUGAAAGCUCUGAACCCCAAAGCGGAGGUAGCGAGGGCCCAGGCCGCCCUGGCAGUGAACAUCAGUGCGGCGCGGGGACUCCAGGACGUGCUGAAAAGUAACCUGGGACCCAAAGGCACCAUGAAAAUGCUCGUGUCUGGCGCCGGGGACAUAAAGCUGACCAAAGAUGGCAACGUCUUGUUACACGAGAUGCAAAUUCAGCACCCCACAGCAUCACUCAUUGCCAAGGUGGCCACAGCGCAGGAUGACAUCACGGGAGACGGGACCACCUCCAACGUCCUCAUCAUCGGCGAACUCCUGAAGCAGGCUGACCUCUACGUGUCCGAGGGCCUCCAUCCAAGAGUCAUCGCUGAGGGCUUUGAGGCGGCAAAGGAGAAGGCCUUGUCUGUUCUGGAGGAGGUGAAGGUGACGCGGGAAAUGGACAGAGAGACCCUCAUCAACGUAGCACGCACCUCCCUCAGAACCAAGGUCCACACAGAGCUGGCAGACCUGCUCACUGAGGCUGUAGUAGACGCUGUGCUGGCCAUCGCUAAACCCAACGAGCCAAUCGACCUGUACAUGGUGGAAAUCAUGGAGAUGAAGCACAAGACUGACAGCGACACACAGCUGAUCAGAGGCUUGGUGCUGGACCACGGAGCACGACACCCAGACAUGAAGAAGAGGGUGGAGGACGCCUACGUGCUGACCUGCAACGUCUCCUUGGAAUAUGAGAAGACGGAGGUCAACUCUGGCUUCUUCUACAAGAGCGCCGCAGAGAGGGAGAAGCUUGUGGCUGCAGAGAGGAAGUUCAUUGAGGAGCGUGUGCAGAAGAUCAUCGCCUUGAAGAAUGCUGUUUGUCCCAAUGGGGAGAAGGGAUUUGUCGUCAUCAAUCAGAAGGGUAUUGACCCAUUCUCCCUAGAUGCCCUUGCCAAAGAAGGCAUUGUUGCUCUGCGCAGGGCGAAGAGGAGGAACAUGGAGAGGCUCACCCUAGCUUGUGGCGGUGUUGCCAUGAACUCAGUGGACGACCUCACUCAGGAGUGUUUGGGACAUGCUGGGCUGGUUUAUGAACACACACUGGGAGAGGAAAAAUACACGUUCAUUGAAAAGUGUGGGAAUCCUCGCUCUGUGACCCUGUUGGUGAAAGGACCCAACAAGCACACACUCACGCAGAUCAAAGAUGCUGUCAGGGAUGGUCUGCGGGCAGUCAAGAACGCCAUUGAAGAUGGCAGUGUGGUGUCAGGAGCUGGUGCGUUUGAGGUGGCUGUGGCAGACGCUCUGGUCAAACACAAGCCGAACGUGAAGGGCAGAGCCCAGCUGGGAGUCCAGGCCUUCGCAGACGCACUCCUCAUCAUCCCUAAGGUUUUGGCCCAGAACUCUGGCUAUGACCCACAGGAGACCCUGGUGAAGCUGCAGACGGAGUAUAAAGAGUCUGGUCAGCUGGUGGGCGUGGAUCUCAGCACAGGGGAGCCCAUGGUGGCAGGAGAGGCGGGCGUGUGGGACAACUACAGUGUCAAGAAACAGCUUCUCCACUCAUGCACGGUGAUCGCCAGUAACAUCUUGCUGGUGGAUGAGAUCAUGCGAGCUGGGAUGUCAUCUCUCAAAGGUUAAUGGUUGACUGUAGAAGCUGCAGCCGUUAUCAUACCCACAGGCCUAGUCGUUUACCUGAUGGAUCAGUCAACGCGCUCCCCGCUCUCGGCACGCUGAAGCACCCCAGUUGGAUGGACGGCCCACUGUAAACAAGACGGCGUCCAUCACAGUGUGUGUCCGAAACAUUGUUAUGUUAGUUUCGAUUUUUCAUGGAUUUGUCAACGGCUCCCUCCACAAUGAUUGGUCUAUUUAUGAGAUUUUGUUAAAAGCACUGACCUCUGCCACUCAGUUUUGUUUCUACCAUUAAAGUUUUUCUUGGCUCUUGAAAUGACAGAUUUUGGUGUGUUUAUGUGAAGGGUGUGAGGACGGUGUGAAUGUUACAGCCAGACACUGAUGGUGCUAAAAGACAGUUAAAGGAAAAUUUAACCAUCAGUGUUAUGAACAUGACUAAUCUCCCAAAGAUUAGAAAACAACUAACAAUAAUUUUUGAUAGAAUAGAAUGCCUUUAUUGUCACUAUACACAUGUACAAUGAGAUUAAGAGCAGCUGUACUCUUAUUUCAUGUCAUCAAGCAACAUCUUUCUUGGAGCUGCUCCGCUGAUGCUAUAAUUAGACACUGGCUCUGUGGACUUGAAACUAAAUUUGCUUCAUUUAAACUAAAAAAAUGUAAUCAUUUUCCUUUGAAGGGUCAAGUGCUAUCACGUCACCUUUCCAGGAAAGGCACGUCAAGUUCAGCUUUACACCAUUAAAGAUCAUGUUCUUGUCUA